AGGUGCCAGUGGAUUUGAAGCAGGGAGCGCUAUUCAUAUUUAUCUCCAGUUUUCCCCAUCUCGCCUUUUUGUUUCUCUGCUAAAACUUACCAAGAUGGAUAGGUUAUUCUUGGGCUGGACUGCUUUCUUGUGUGUAACAGAAGAUGCUGGCCUUUUUGCUGAGGAGAGGGUCACCAGUCUGAGCUGACCCCUACUUCUUACCUUUCCAGGACCAUGGUUGUUUGGUCACUCUGCCAUCCUAUUUCAAGCGCCUGGAACUGCAGUAUGUCAGCUGAGCUCUGACUGAGGCGCUGCAAGUCAUGGUGCCCGAAAAGAAAAAAGUAGCCAUGCUUUUUCAGCCUGUUGUGCUACGUUGCCACUUUUCAACCUCUUCAACACAACCUGCUGUGAUACAAUGGAAGUUCAAAUCCUAUUGCCAAGACCGCAUGGGAGAAGCUUUGGGAGUGGUCUCUGCAGGAAUACAGGCAGUAAACAAGAGAAACCUGGAAUGGGAUCCCCACUUGGACUGUUUGGACAAUCGGAGAACUGUCCGCCCUGUGGCUUCCAAGCAGGGUUCUUUGGUCACAAUUGGAGAAUUCUAUAAAGGAAGAGAUGUCACCAUUGUUCAUGAUGCAGAUCUCCAGAUUGGGAAAUUAAUGUGGGGAGACAGUGGGCUGUACUACUGCCUGAUUAUAACACCUGAUGAUGUGGAGGGCAAGAACGAGGAGUCAGUAGAGCUACUUGUUCUGGGCAGGACAGGGCUGUUUGCUGAUCUCUUGCCCAGUUUUGCUGCGGAGAUUAUGCCAGAGUGGGUGUUCGUAGGCUUGGUGAUCCUUGGCGUGUUCCUCUUCUUUCUCCUGGUUGGGAUCUGCUGGUGCCAGUGUUGUCCCCACAGCUGUUGCUGUUACAUCCGCUGCUUUUUCUGUCCAGAUACGUGUUGUUGUCCAAGGGCAUUGUAUGAAGCAGGAAAGGCUGCAAAGGCUGGCUAUCCCCCUACAGUCACCUCAAUCCCUGGACCUUACUAUAUUCCGAAUGUGGGUAGUGUCCCAUCACAUGCCGUUCUGAUGGAAAAGUCACACCUUCCUCCCUUGGCGCCAAGUGAAUCCACUGCAGGAGGACAAAGUGUGCGGAAAGGCUACCGAAUCCAGACUGACAAAGACAGGGAUUCAAUGAAGGUGCUGUACUAUGUUGAGAAAGAAUUGGCUCAGUUUGACCCCGCCAGGAGGAUGCGAGAGAGAUACAGUAACACUAUCUCAGAGCUCAGCUCCCUCCAUGAUGAGGAUGGCAGCUUCCGCCAACCUUACCGCCAGGUGCGCAGAAAGCAACUUCCACCUUCAGGAGACAUGGAUGGUGAUGCCGAGUAUUGGGCAGGAGUAGUUAGUGGAGGUGGGGCAUCCAGGCCACAGACAUGCUCCGAUUACAGGGAGGAGAGAGGCAGUUUCAAGUUCAGCCAGCAGAGAUCAAAGUCUGAAAGGCUUUUGAGGAAGAAUUUCUCACUGGGGGCACCAGCUGUCUCCAUGGAUGAACUUGCAGCCUUUGCAGAAUCUUAUAGUCAACAUGUCCGUCAGACUGAGGGCAGCCAGGAAACCCGACGCUUUGAAAGGUCAGGAUCACGAGGGGGCCAUGGUGGGUCACUACAACAUCCAGACAAUUUAGAGGAAUAUUACAACAAACGCAGAGGAGGAGGAAACCGUGAACCAUUGACAGAUUCUGAUCAUGGCUGGGCAUACACCCCACCCAGAAGAUGUACCCAGGAAGAGAAACCCUUGCCCAGACUAGUGUGUCGGACACCGGGAGGGAGUCAAAAGUAUGAUCACUCCUACCUUUCCAGUGCCCUUGAGAGGAAAUCUCGAAGCUAUGAUGAAGGUGGUGAGCACAGCGAGACACUUUCAAAGCUGAGCUCACAAUCCAGCCACAGAGGAGGAACAUAUUAUGCUUGGUCACCACCAUCCACUUACAAACCAGGACAGCAACAGCAGCAGCAGCAGCAGCAGCGACCUCCGCAGCAAGAGGAAGGAGAAGAUACUUUGCCUCCUUACAGUGAGAGCGAGUUGAACCGAGGUCCUUCAUACAGAAACAGAGAACAAUCUAACCUCAAUGCUACAGAUAAGAAGAGGAAAAAAGAACCUAAAAAAACAAAUGAGUUCCCAACAAGGAUGUCCCUUGUGGUGUGAUGCUUAUAAAGAAGAGUUGUGUUAAUGUAUUGGGAUCACAGAAGAAGUUAUCACAGUGACCCAUACAUUCUUCAAGGAACACGUGCAACCACCAAAUUGACUUGUGUCUGCUUCAUCAGGGACUUGGAAUUUUAUGGAGCAGCCAAAUCCAAACAGUUGCUCUCAUACAAUUGAUCUCCCAGAAGCUACAGCUCACUCUGCCAGAAUAUUAAACACAAGAAGGUUUCUUAUGGCAAGCUCAUCAGAUUUUUCUCAGCAGAGAUAGUUUCUCCAUAUUUUGUGUAUACCUGCAGUAUUAGAGGAUCUGUUUUCUUGUAUCAUAUUCAUUCUCUCUCCUAUGUGAUCCUUUCAACCUAUGCUGUUUUGCAUUCUGUAGUUGACAAGAAAGGUUGUCAUAGAGCCUAUCCCCAGUUUCUCCUUCUCUUUUAAUGUUGAGAGAAAUAAAGACUUCAUGCCAUACUUGGAUAUUGCUUUAAAAUGAGUGACAUUUCCAAGCGAACUUACAAAAGGAAGUGGUCAUCCUUUUUGAAAUGACCCAAAACUAAGACCUGGGCACUGUACUAAGAAGCAUAAAAUGAAUAAAGUUUGAAAUUCUUGCGUUUAAAUACCACCCAUUCAGUAAUGGGAGCUGCCAGUGAGAUUAAUAUUUUGUUUUGAAAGUGAAACUCAGUAGAUAUUGCUGUAAUGAGAAUGUGCUAUGUUAUUUCACUAUUGUCUGCUAUGAUGUAUUAGUGUUGCCUUACAGCUGAACCAUAGCCAUAAAAGGCUUCACCUGGAACUGCUGAUUGGUCCUUUUAUAAGCAGAGCCUUAAGCUCAGGUUUUGCUGACAGUACUGUCUGUACAAAGAUGAUUAUUUUUUUUAAAGCCAGCCAAUAGAAAACAACAGAGCUGGAAGGAGAAAAUCAGGGUGUGGAAGACACAAACUCAAGCCAUUGCUUUUAUAUUUCUAUAAUAGGACCUGUAAAGGAUCAGUAUUAUCCCUUUCUUGUAACCGGUUGAGGCCAUUCAAUAAGGCAACCAAACUAUAAAACUGGAACAAUAAAUAUUUUUUAUAAAACA